AUGAUUUUUAACUCUGAUCAGAUUAUAUCAGUAAAACAAUCAGUAAAGUUUAUCAGUAAAACAGCAAAGCACAUCAAAGCGCGUCAGCAAGGUGCAACGCUAGAUGAAAAAUCAUCAAGAUGCAAAAUCAAAACAGCACAAAAGCUUAUUGGUACAAAGAAGGUGAGUUUAUUAAAGUGUGGGUCUACUGAUUCUGGAGAAGGAAUCAGUUAUGUCCUUCCCCAAAUAAAUUUACACUUUAGCAUCUUGGACUGGUUUAUCCUGGGCAAAGGAAAUUUUUCCUGGCCAUCGUGGCUUGUCUUGGAUGAAGAAGAUUUCAAUUCUUCUGGUCAUGUCUUUGAUUUCUGGCUUAUCCUGGGUAAAGGAAGUACUCUUCUGGCCAUUACUGGCUUAGCUUUAUAUAUAGAAGUACCAAAUUCUUCUUUAUCAAGAUACCCAAUAUUUUUAAAUUUUUCAUAAGGAAUCCAUUUUAAUACAUUUUUGAAAAUAAAUUGAUCCAUAACUUUACUUCCACUAGU